AUGUAUUGGAAUUGGAUAUUGUAAGUCAGAUGUUGAUCUUAAUAUAUUACCAGGAUGGGUUCAUGGUACAAUUGGAUAUCAUGGAGACAAUGGUCGUUUAUAUCAUGAACGUGGAACAGGGGAAUUCUUUGGUCCUUGUUACAAUACUGGAGAUACAGUUGGUAAAGAAUCAUCCUUUUAUUUUGAAACAUUUUCUUAUGAUGAUUUAAUUAAUUAUAGAAUUCUAGGAGAAAUGUAUCCAAUGAGUGGAAUGGCAACAAAAGGAGAAUGUAUUGUAGCUAACUUUGGCACGAAACCUUUUAUGUUUGAUAUUGAUAAUUAUGCGAAGGUAAUAUUUGCCGAUGCAGAGUUGAAAAGAGAACUUGAAAAAAAAACGUUUAAAAUGUUAGAAAUUAUUAAUACAGAAGAAAUUUAG